ACGUCCUGUACGACCAGGCUAAUUGCUGCGGCCACUUCCUGUGUCUCUAUAUAUAUGUGUGCGUUAGCUGCGGAUUAACGCGACUCCUCUUCAUUUUUGCUGCGUUUCAAAAAUGUCGACUACAAGGUGAUUCGUGUUUUAAAAAAGAUGGGUGCUCACAUGCCUAUAUGCUAAGGGUACUAAUAUACUCUGUCUUGGUUGGAUAAAAGGUUGAGCUAAGCUACAUGUUAACGUUACACAGACCAGAGGAUUCUGUCUCCGCAGUUGGUGUCUGUCAUUGACCUACUGUACAGGAGUAGGCGGCUUUUUUUUUUUUUUUUUUUUUUUCUGGCGGAAAAAUAAAAAGAUUUCAGAGAUGUCGUGGUUCAGUCACAUCAGUCAAGGCUCUGGUCAGCAGCUGCCCACUGACAGCCACAGACUCCCAUCCGCAGACUUGUGGAGCACUCACAGCUCCGGAUUCAGAGGUCCCACAGAGGCUCCAGAGGGACCAGAAGACAUGGCAACGCAUGCCUGGACUGGUUUCUCAUCUCCCAGCCCCAAUGACUUUCCGUCGGCGCCCCGGCCCGUAGCCAGCCCCCUCAGCCUCGAGAACCUGUCCUGCGCCUCUCCGAGUGCAGGUCAAGUUAGGGAGCCGGAGCCCAUCUCCUAUGUGACCCUCCAGGAGCAGCGGUGUGUCCUGAGCUGGUUCCAGGGCUGGAUCGCCUCUCAGAGAGAGCGGUUCCUGCAGGACCUUUUGGGGAAAGCUGUUCCGGGGAAAGUGUGCACUCUGUUAGAUUCACUCAGUACUCUUGAGGUUAAAGACAGACUACCAAACAUCUUCGAAUGCCAGCUGCGCCUAUGGACCCAGUGGUUUGAGUCCUGGGGAGAAGAGGAAAGGAAUCACUUCCUGCACAUGCUGGAGGAGCGGGACCCUGUGUUUGUGGCCCACUUUUACAGGAGCGUGGCUGGCACAGCGGGAAGAGACUGACUGGUGUUCACCUGUGGAUGUGCAUAUUGAUGGUGUGAGAUGCUUCUCUUCGGAGAAAUGUUUGUGUAAUUGGGAUGAGACUGUUGUUGAUGGUUAAGAGUUUCAGAUAGGUGUUCAUUUAAUACCUACUGUUUUUUUUACAGUUUCUCCUGGGCUGAUCAUACUAUUUGCUUUUUUAUAUACAUGUGUGAAAUUGCAGUUUCACAACUCAUUUGCAUUUACAUCUGGAUGUAAGAAAAGUAACAGGCUUAUUUUUUUCUGUAGUGGUGAUUAACACACAUGGGAUGACAUGGACAAAAAUAAACAACACAUUGUA